AUGAAGACGCAGCCGGUGACUGUACAAUCCAAAUGGCUGUCAGAUUUCCGCAACUCUUGGAUCCUCUCACGACGUAACAUGGAGGAAGGACGCUGGUACACACUGAUUACGUCGACAUUUAUGCAUAAUGGAUGGGGACACCUGCUAUUCAACAUGCUUGGGUUGUGGUCAUUAGGAAAGCCGAUUGCCAGAGCGUUUGGUAUUCCCAGCUUCCUAGCCCUCUAUUUUGGGUCUGGAAUUGCAGGCGGCUUACUACAGGACUGGCACUGGAAAAGAACACUACCGCCAGGAGGUGACGCUGCUGCAGUUGGGGCAUCAGGCUGUGUUGUCGGGCUACUUGGAGCUUUGACAUUGGUGGCUCCACGGAUAGGUGUAAACAUUUUCUUCGUGCCUAUGACCAUGUGGCAGUCGACUCUUGUGGGCGUUGUAUUCAGCGGUGUAUGUAUUCAGACAGGUUUCCUGCCGUGGAUUGGUCACGUCGACCACUUGGGUGGUAUGGCAUUCGGAGCUGUAUAUUUGUUCCUUGCGAUGCGUAGAGGUAGAAUAUUUUCUCGUAGAGCGCCGAGGUAUUGA